GAGUCAAAAGAUUUUUUUGUGAAAAAUAAUAUCAAACUAUCAUUUGAAGUAUUGGAUGAUGAUAAACUACUACUAUGCAACUAUUCAGAAUUUGCUAAUGAACUACGAAUGGAAGAUACAUUAUAUGACAAUAGUCUAGAUUUGAUUGAUGAAGAGAUUGAGGUGGUGAAGAAAGAAAAGUGGUAUUUGUUACUUAAAGAAUUAGUAAGAUUUAUCAUGACUAAUUCCAGAAUAGAAAGAAUUUUCUUGCAUUAUUUAGAGCAUUUUUUGUUGCUUGAACAACCCAAAUUUAAUCAAUGUUUCUCAAAUCUUAGAGAAUUGGCUUGUGAUGAUAAUGUUAGUCCAAGAUUGUUUCAUUUAUUGGCACAAACUACUGAUAAAAUAGAAAUACUUGGUUUGGAAUUUUACAAUUAUAAAUCAAAUAUGGGAUUGGUUGAAUUGAUUAGAGCACAGAAACACAUAAAGAAAUUAUUAUGUUUCACAUCCAAUGACUCCAUACCUAAAUUAGUCAAAGAGGCAUUGCUGCUUCACGCAAAUAAUUUAGUGGAAUAUACUAGUAUUGGGUGUUGUGAUCUGGAUUACGCAUUAUCAAACUUUGAGAGCCUUGAAUCUUUAAAUCUGCAUAGAUAUAAUCUUAUUGAUGAUAUUCUACCAACUUUUGAAGAUUUAUUUUAUGCUUUGAUGACUGCUUUACCACAACAAAUAAAAAUAUUAUCAUUUAGACAAAAAUGUUUACUUUUAGAUGAUGUUUUAGAAAUGUUUUUCAAAAAAUGGACUGGCUAUGCACCAAUUCGUAUUGAAAUUUUUAAUGGUGAUGAGGAGGUGAUUUAUGAUGAUAUUGGAGAUGAAGUUAAAAUGAUUGAAUUGUUGACUCAUUAUAAAGAAAAGGGAUUAUUAGAUUUUAGUGUCUUUGAUUCGAUUCCAAAAUUUGAUAUUUUCCUGGAAUCGUUAUAA